UGAGAGAGUAGAGGGAGAGAGAGAGGAGGCGGUGUCUGGUGACCGAGGAGGAGGAGAAAGAAAGAAGGAAAGCUCCCGGACCCGGUCCACUCGUCCUCGCUGCUCCCGCUUCUGUUUUUUUUAGCCGUGAAUCCCCCUAAAAGCUGUCGGGUUCUACAACUGGAGCGCCCGGGGCAGUGGACUUAUUUCCCCCCGGAAUCAGAAUUGGACACCAACGAAGUAUCCCAGAAGAUGUUCCUCUUUCUGCUACCUGUCGUGGCUCUCUUGCUGAGCGGAGAAACGCUGGUCUCCGGCAACAGUAACGAGAAAUGGCUGGGCACCGUGGCUCAGUACAACAAGGACAGAUCCUGGAACAGAUUCAGAGAUGAUGACUACUUCAAAAGCUGGGCUCCUGCCAAGUCUCUCGACCAAGAACGAGUGGCUGAACCUGGCAGAUAUGGAGACCCAGGAACUAAAUCCCAUGCUGGCUCAGCCAAGAAGACGGUACAAGAUGGCCCAGAUGCCACCAAGGAUCCCUGUCUGAAGGUGCGCUGUCCUCCUCACAAAGUGUGCGUCAGCCAUGACUACCAGACAGCCAUCUGCACCAAUCACAAGCAGCCAGCCCACAGUGUGAAACCCAGGAAAGGCAGUGUAGGCCACAAACACAGACUGGAAGCUAGUGCUCAUGGGAAAUGUAGGCUGUGCUCAUCCCUCCAGUCAACUCCUGUAUGUGGCUCUGAUGGACACACUUACUCCUCCAAGUGUAAGCUGGAGUUCCAGAGCUGCCUGUCUGGGAAAAUGAUCUCAGUAAAAUGUGAUGGACUGUGUCCCUGCUUGCCCGGCCAGCACCUCAGCAAACCACAGCACCAUACUGAGAGGGCUGGCGAGUACUCUUGCACUGACACUGAGCUCCACAGUCUGGCUGCCAGACUGAAGGACUGGUUUGGAGUUCUCCACCUCGACGCCAACAGAGACCUCAAAUCCUCUGACAGCUUUGACUCCACCGCUGGACACUUUGACACCAGCAUCUUGCCUAUCUGUAAGGACUCGCUGGGCUGGAUGUUCAACAAGCUGGACAUGAACUUUGACCUCCUGCUCGAUCAAUCAGAGCUGAGUGCCAUCUACCUGGACAAGUAUGAGCUGUGCAUGAAGCCUCUCUUCAACUCCUGCGAUUCCUUCAAGGAUGGCAAACUGUCUAACAACGAGUGGUGCUACUGUUUCCAAAAGCCUGAAGGACUGCCUUGUCAAACUGAGAAGAGCAGGAUCCAGAAUCAGAGUCGAAGAAAGAGCCUCAUAGGUUCAUAUAUUCCCCGCUGUACUGAUGAGGGCUACUUCAAACCAACCCAGUGUCACAGCAGCACUGGUCAGUGUUGGUGUGUGGACAAAUACGGCAACGAGAUUGCCGGUUCUAGAAAACAAGGCAACCCCAACUGCGAUGAGGACCAGGAGACAUCGGGGGAUUUUGGCAGUGGUGGUGCCGUCAUUCUCCUCGAUGACCAGGAGGAGGAGCCAUCACAGAGCGGACGGAGCCGGCAGAAGAAGAGGCGGGGCCGGAUCCACCCCCGAGGAACCAUUGAGGACGACGAGGACGAGGACGAGGACAAGGAUGACGAAAUCGGCUACAUUUGGUAGCUCCGCUCCAUUUUACUUUGCCAUCAGCUGACCAGGAAACUCCGUUAACUCAGCACAGAUCUGAAGCCAUUCCAGUGUCUCCUCCUCCAGUUACCUUGGUGGCAGUCCAUCUUUUGGCUCCCGAACCUGCUCUUGCAAUCCCCGUCCCUCAUCCGAAUCUCUCUCUUCAGCGAACCUCAUCCGACCUCUUCAUUUCCAAGUGUUUCGCUCUUUCCUCACACAGAAACCAGAGAGCCUAUUAUAUCUCAACAACUGUCAAGCUCCUGUUAGAAUUCCGCUCAAGCUGUCCACUUUCCGCUUCUAUCUUCCCUCAAACCUGCGAUCUUUAACCCGUCUGAAAUGGACCUUUCGCUAUUGUCUCUACUUCCCCCUCUAUCUCCCUUCACUUACUGUCCCUCUCCUUUCUCUGUAUGUCCAUAUCAGAGUCUCUGGUCAGUCUGUGAGCCCAGAUACAUUAGCUGAUGUAUUGGAUGUAAAUAUGUUUCCUCCAGGGAGGCCAGAUUGUGGAUUACCUUCCCUGUUGUUCCAUCAGCGGUUCAUUCUCAUGUUCUGUGUUCCACCGUCGGGCUCCUUCCAGUGUUCAACAAUGUUUCCAUGAAUUUGCUGCCACAGUUCCAGGCUCUGAGAUGCUCCCACUCUGUUAUUUCAUGGAGGAUUGUAAAUUAUUUAAUUGUUGAUCUUGAAUGUUGCAGAAAGCCCAGGAAGCAAUGAGAUUAAUGAUGUAUUGUCGUUGUUGUUGCAUGUUUCUCAUCGUGUUUCUGUAAAAGAGAGAUUUACUUGGCCAGGUCUAGCUCUAUGCAUCUCAAACAGAAAGUGAUGCCUAUUUGGCUGCUACAAUACUUUGUUGCUAUGUUGAUGCUGUCUAGUGUCUUUUUGGUUCUUCUCCCAAUCUCAGGAGGUAGGAAGUUGCAUUGCAGAAUGAUAGCAGUGUAGAAAAGCGAACUGCAAGGCCUACAGCCCAAAUCUGUUGUGUCUCAGCCAGCUAUUCUUUUACUAAUUGGUCAGUAGGGCUGCUGAGGCUUUUUGACUGUGCAUGGACACUAGAGGAAGAAGAAGCUGCUCCUGAGCUGGGAGGACACAUGAAGUCAAGCAGAGAAGAGGCUCUGUUCUGCCUCCCAACAUUGGAUAUGUUCAGUGAUUUGAAAUUGAAAUCUUCACCAUGUCAACUACGUGAACUUUUCUUUGUAACUUUGAAAAUUUAAGUAAAGUGGCACUUUGAGUGUCUUUUGAACCUUA